GAUUUGGUAUCCAUUGUAGCAAUUUAUUUAGGAUCCAAUAUAGACACGACCAUCAACAACAACUCUCGGAUCACAGACAAAACAGUGCAUCGGUUUUAGUUAUCGAUAUGUAUCCAGCUAUGUGCAGUCUAGCAGCCCCACUCCACAGUGAUGUCUGAACGUGAGGGCUCCACUCUGAGCUACUCUGCCCAUCGUAUUGAGGAGCUCCUCAGAUGCCCGAUUUGCCUUGACAGGUUCAACACCCCAAAGCUGUUGCCAUGCCAACACACAUUCUGCCAGUCGCCAUGUCUGGAGCAGCUUGUGGACAGAUUUCAUCGCAUCAAGUGUCCCGAGUGUAGAGAGGAGCACAGAGUACCGUACGCUGGCGUGUCCUCUUUCCCCACCAACAGAACCAUCCUGAACUUCUUGGACGUUCCAACACAACCCAGAUCUUCACAAAACAACUCGCUCAGUCGAAAUGAGGCACCGCAAAAUUCUACCGAGAGACGAAAUGGUGCAGCAGAUGAAACUCAAGGUCAAGUUCAAGGUCAAAACGAGGCAAGGUCACAGAAUGCAGCCAAUCAAAAUGCAGCUGAACCUCAAAGGACUGGUUGCUUCUCGUGUGGACGCCAGAUGGCACUGUCUCGCUGUGCCCACUGCGACAAUGUCGUCUGCGAAACGUGCAAACGGUCUCACAUGGAUCAGGUCAGGGUUGACAUCAACAGGCUGGUGAGUCAGGUGCGUCGUGGGAUGCCAAACUUCUCUGACGCAGUCAGCGUUAUAGAAAGCAAGUCAGAACUUCUGCACCAACAGGCUGAAGCGGGUAAGGCAGAAAUUACGGACACAAUAGAACGCUACAUUACGGAGCUACGCAACCGCCAGAGACUUCUGCAUAGUGAGAUUCAGAUGUGGUUGCUAGGGGAGAUACGGUCCCUGACAAUGCUGCAGGAAAAUGUGGAAGUGGAGCUGGCAAGUACGGCAAGUUUCUGUGACUCCACUGAGUCCACACUGGCCCGUAACCAGGUCAUACCGGACGAAGACCUUGUGGCCUUGAAGCGGCAGUGUGUGGAGAAUAUGGAGAUAGUGCGAGCGUAUGAAGGGGGACAAGGCGUGCGUUUGCCACGGGAGAGACAGGUUCAAGUGAUAUUCGAGAGUUCACGUUUGUCUCAACUGAUCUCAAAUUUUGGUGAAAUGAGCAUCACAGAGGCAGAGUCCUCCGCAAAUGGCAACUCAGCGAACUCACUCAACUCUGAUCAACCCAACUCCAGGUCUCCAUCUUCUAGGGAAACCUCCCCAGCUUUGUUCAGGGCACCACCUAGAUCAAGGCCCAACAAUACACGGGCAGCAGGGGCACACAACUCUGGCAAUCCACCAGCAAGUCAAUACCAGAGUUCUCCCCCUUCCUUGGACACUGCUUUAGCAGCUAUUGGAAGCACCCAAGUUCAGAGAGCUGAAAGAAUGGCUGGCCUGAUGGGGGGAGGGGCCACUGGUGAUGCCACGCCCCCUAGCAACACCCCUAGCAACAGGCUCAACCCCCGUGAGCGACUGGCAAAUAUUAUUAGUGAUGCCAGCAGCAGUUCCAGCCAAUCACCACGCCCCGCUGUCAAUCACAGGCCACAGGCAAGGGAGAGAACUGCGGGGAUUUUUGGGGCUGGAGCUUCAAGUACUGAGUCAGACUCGUCUAACAGCACACCUAGACUUGCCCGCCGACCAGUCCAACCCCCGGAGUCCUGGGAACUACCAGUGGACUUUACACAUCCCCCGAGGGAAAACAUCCGAGCAGGCAACGGUAACCUAGGAAACCCUAGAAGAAGUCUUGCAGAGCGUAGACGACACAAUCUCACCGAUUCCCAACUUUUACCGAAUGCUGGUAGAGGAGCAAGAAGGGCAAGUGAGAGGCAAAACCAAUCUAACGAACGCUCAAAUCGGAGAAAUGUGAACCGGUCCUCGCAUAAUAGUGAACCAGUCCCUAGCACGAGUUCAGAAGACGAAGACAGGCCACCGCUUGUUAGGAGUCGAACUUACACCAGGGAAGAGUUUCAGACAAUACGUGAAGAGGACAGUGUGUCUCGGGCCAGUACAGCUGAUCCAGUCAACAGGCCACGCGAAGCAGUCGGCUUGGACGUGGACAUGACUGAGAGUAGCGACGCCAGUCAGGGUGAGGAAGUAACCUUCAGGGUAGGUGUGGUGGACGGAGGGGAGAGCACAAGGGUGAACGUGCCAAGAAAUAACUACCAAGACAAAGGGCGGGCAAUCAUACGGUUUGGGGGCAGGGGAAGUAAUAACAGCGAGUUUAUCUGGCCUAGGGGUAUUGCUGUAUCUAGAUCAGAUCAGGUGUAUGUGGCCGACAGUAGCAACCAUCGGGUUCAGGUGUUUGAUAACAUUGGUGGGUUUGUGAAGAGUUUCGGUUCGUACGGACAAGCGGAUGGUGAGUUUGACUGCCUGGCAGGUAUUGCUAUGAACACAAUGGGGGAUAUCCUGAUCACUGACCGCUAUAACCACAGGGUGCAGGUGUUUGACCAUCAGGGAUCCUUCAAGUUUGUGUUUGGGGAGGAAGGCACGAGGGACGGUCAGAUGAACUACCCAUGGGGCAUUGCCUGUGAUAGCAUGGGAUUCAUAUACAUUUGUGAUAAGGAAAAUCACAGAGUGCAGGUUUUCCAGUCAAAUGGCGUCUUUGCUAGAAAGUUUGGGAGACUUGGCCGUGGCAGUGGACAGUUUGAGAACCCACAUUACCUUGCCAUCAGCAGUGACAAUAAGGUGUAUGUCAGCGACAGUAGCAAUCACAGGAUUCAGGUGUUUUCCAUGUAUGGGGACUUCAUUUUUCAGUUCGGUUCAGUCGGCACCAUGCAGGGUCAGCUGAAGUACCCAAAGGGAAUAGCGAUCGAUGAACAGGGAUUUGUAGUGGUUGCAGACAGUGGAAAUAAUCGCAUACAGGUGUUUCGUGGUGACGGGCGAUUCUACUGCAUGUUUGGCACGUACGGCAGUGACAACGGCCAGUUUAAAGGACUCGAGGGACUUGCCAUUCUGGCCAAUGGUAACGUCGCAGUGUGUGACAGAGAAAACCAUCGUCUGCAGAUAUUCUAAGCUGUGAUAUAUUUUUUACAUUUGAGUGAUUUGCCUGAUCAUGUAUAUUUAUAUUUUUAAUCAUGCUGUAUAUUUGAUGUCUCUGUUUAAGUAAGAUUAACUUUGAACUGAAGAAGUUUUGAAGUCUUUUAGAAGCCUGCCCUCUGUUGAGAUAUGUUAUUGCUAUUGCAACUUUCUUGUUGUUGAAAGUAUUUAUGCAUGUUUGCCUUUUCAAGUUUGUGACAAAAAUAUUGAUGAAAUGUGUUGUGCUUUAUCUCUUUAAAUGCAAUGGAUGUUGAUAACAAUAUAGCUAUGUGACAUUACUUCCUUAUGUUGCUUUGACUGUGAUAUGACAUUUGAGAGCUUUCCCAAGUACAUACAUGUUGUAGUAAAUGUUUUGAAUAAUACCCAUGUAUACUACUAGUAUGUUAUAAUCAUUCAUUUAUCUGUCAAACUUAACCCUUUCCCGCUCAGAAACAAAGAGUGAAAAUGGCUAUGUGCAAACAGCAUAAAACCAGAACAACCUUCAAGUAACUCACAGUCUGUUAAGGUUUAUGCUGUUUGCUGCUCAUCACUAUCUGAGGGUUGGAAAUGAAGCCUUUUAAACUUUAAUCUAGUAAGAAAGGUCUUUAAUAAAAUUUAACUUUCUAAGGGACUACAUAUGUGUCAAAAUAAGUAUCUAAGUGGUAAAGGGUUAAAUACAUAUCUCAACGGUAAAGGGUUAAAUACAUAUCUAAACGGUAAAGGGUUAAAUACAUAUCUAAACGGUGAAGGGUUAAAUACAUAUCUCAACGGUAAAGGGUUAAAUACAUAUCUCAACGGUAAAGGGUUAAAUACAUAUCUCAACGGUAAAGGGUUAAAUACAUAUCUCAACGGUAAAGGGUUAAAUACAUAUCUAAACGGUGAAGGGUUAAAUACAUAUCUCAACGGUAAAGGGUUAAAUACAUAUCUCAACGGUAAAGGGUUAAAUACAUAUCUAAACGGUGAAGGGUUAAAUAUGUAUCUAAGUGGAAAAUGGAGAAAUCACUAACUUGCUUUUACCCAUGCAUGGUUCAGGCUUUGACAUUAAUGCCAUGGUUUGUAUUUUCUUUAGUUUAUAUAACUUACCUCUUACAAAUCUUUUGUGUCAAAAGCUUUUACAGUAUUUUUAUUUGCCAACCCACAAGCAGUUGAAAGUUUAAAAACAUUUCAAAAACUCAGAACAUAUUGAAACAUGUCAAAUUGCUUUUAAACACCUCAUGACAUGUGAUGCCUUUGGAGUAAACCAUGAAAGUAAUACACCAGUGUACAUAAAGUAUAUGUUUCAUUCUCACCAAGAGCAUUUAAGUAUGAACAUAUUAUAAACGUUUAUGUUUUUCUUACAAACCAAAUAACCCUCACAGAAUAAAAGUUUUUUUCCUUAUAAACUGAUGAUAUAUUUGCAGGCAUUUACUUAUUGACGUAUAAUGUAUGCUGAUCGUAUAAAGUAUGAUUAUAAUAAGGCAUAUAUGAUAUAUUUGCAAGAUCUGAUUCAUUCUUUACUGUUCUUUGAGUCAGUUUGACUGGGUCAUUGCUGUAUUUUACAUACAAGUUAAUGAAAAGCCUUAAUCCUCUACCACUUAGAUACAUAUUUGACAUAUUUGUAGUCCCGUAAAAAGUAACAUUUAAUUAAAGACCUUUCUUACUAGAUUCAAGUUUUAAAGGCUUCAUUUUCAACCCUUAGAUACUAAUGAGCAGCAAACAGCAUUAAAACCUCAACAGACUGCGAGUUUCUUGCAGGCUGUUCUGAUUUUAAGCUGUUUUCACUUUGCUUCUGAGUGGGAAAGGGUUAAUGCGGAUAUCUAGUCUGUUGCUUGAUAUUGUAUGAAAUGUCUUUCUUCAUUGUUGUGUUUUGUUAUGAAUGUAUGAUUAUUAUGAUUCUUUACAAUCAUGUUAUAUAUUGUGAGUAUAUUUUUUGCAGCUUGCUGUGAUAUUAUGUUUAUAACUGUACAGUUUACCUCCGCCCUUUGUUUUUUCUCACCUGAGCCAGCACUAAUGGUGAACUAUUGCGUUCACCUUUUGUCCAUCAUCAAUAGUGUGUCCCAAUAAUAUCUCAAAUGAGUGUUAAACUGGGUCACAUGGGAUUAAAUACUUUGUAAUAAGGUCAAAUAUAGAAACAUUUUAGAGUCCACAUUUAUCGCCCAAUCUUCAUGAAUUUUAGUCUGAACAUUUGCCUCAAUUAUAUCUCUGCCAAUUUGGAAACUUGUCCGGUUGGGUCAAACGCAGGAUAACUUGGUCAAAUUAGAGAAAAAGUUGUUAAAAAUCUACAUGAAGCAUUUGUCUAAGUGAUAUCUCUUCCUGGUUUAAAACUAUGAGUUGAUAGAAGAAUUAGGUCACUGGGUCAAUUAGAGAAAAAACACUCAAUGUAAUAUGUUUGCCCAAUCUUUAUGAAACUCGCUCAGAACUAUAAUUUUGUCAGAAUUAUAUCUCUGCUGAGUUUGGAACUGGGUUGCAUGGGUAAAUAAAUAAUAUGUCAAAAUGUUCAAAAAGCUUGUGAAGAAUUUUGUCAGAAUUUGUGUCUCAAUGUUAUCUGCGUGAAGUUGAAAACUGUUUCACAUGGUAUCAUAAACUAGUUCGCUAGGUCAAGUUAACGCAAAGGCUUGCAAACACUAGGGAACACAUUUGUUGCCCAAUCAUCAUGAAACUUGCUUAUAAUAUUUGUUCUUAUAGUUUCUUGGCAUAGUUCAACAGCUGAUUCAAACAGUUCAGCUGAGCAAAUAUUAAGGGCCUUUUAAACAAAGAAAGGAAAAUUAUUUGAUUAUUUGUGCUUUCACAAACACAAAAAUAUAGUAUUCUGAUUUUCAUGCUUGGAAUUUUACAUUUCUAUAUGUAUUAUUUUCUGCAUCCUGUUGUACUGUUUGACAUUUUUAUGUCCCCCCCCACAAUAGCGGGGGACAUAUUGUUUUUGCCCUGUCUGUUGGUCUGUCUGUUGAUCUGUUUGUUUGCUCCAAUUUUAACAUUUUGCCAUAACUUUUGCAAUAUUGAACAUAGCAACUUCAUAUUUGGCAUGCAAGUGUAUCUCUUGGAGUUGCACAUUUUGAGUCGUGAAUGGUCAAGGUCAUCCUUCAAGGUCAAAGGUCAAAUAUAUAGCUUCAAAGCAGUGCAGAAGGGGACAUAGUGUUUCCGACAAACACAUUUCUUGUUGCUAAUUGUGUUUGAUAAGUGCUUCCAAUACCAAAAAAUGUAUGUGUGCAAUUGUUAGCUGUUGCUAGCUUUUUUAAUAUUAAAAAUCUCAUUGCGGUAACACGUU